ACUAAUAAACGUAUCCGAAAAGCUUGUACGACACGUGAAAUAGCACCCUGAUACGGGCUUUACGAUUCUUUACGACUCUACGACUUCUAUUGUAGACGAGCCUUUACAUCACUCUACGCAUGCGCUAAAGGCUUCUUGUUGCGAAAAAAAUCUUCUAAACUGACAGCACUGAUCUAGUCGAAUAGGAAAAAGAAAGGUUAUUCGAAGCUUCCUCGUUAGCAAGUAGUGUUAUGUUCUCGAUGAAUACCUCAAAAAAGUACUAAUUGGCGUUGUUGAAAAUUGAUAUUUUGAUAGAAGUUCUACACAUCCAAAAACUGCUUAUAAUAAUAAUACUGUUUGGGCAUGUUACUAAAAAUGAUUUCACCUUACCAAGCAAUGAUAAAAACCAUAAGUGAUUCUUUAACAACAGAUUCAAAAACUGCACUUGCAAUUGCAUUUACUUUUGGUUAUCUUAUAGACACAAUCUUAAGGAAUACAGUUCUUAAAAGACAUCGUACAAAGUCAUCUGAACACGCUGAGAAUAAAAAUAAGAGGAAGAAUAAGAAUUUGAGUUUUAAUUCAAAUUCCGACGAUGAUGACGAAGAUGAUGAUGAUGAUGAUUAUGAUGAUGAUGAUGAUGAUGAAGAAGAAGAAGAAGAAGAUUGUAAUGAAUAUCCACAACGUGAAGAAUACAAGAUGGUUUUUGCAAUUAAUUCAGAGUUGAAAAUGGGAAAAGGCAAAGUGGCAGCACAUUGUGCCCAUGCUGCUAUCGCGGCAUUCAAGUUGGCCCUUAAAAGAAAUCCAUCACUCAUAGAUUAUUGGGCAAAGUCAGGCCAGGCUAAAAUUAUAGUUAAGGUGGAUGACGAAAAGCAACUUAUGAAUGUAGAACAACAAGCUAAAAAAGCAGAUCUUGUCGCGGAAAUCAUACGGGAUGCGGGUCGUACGCAAAUACCAGCAGGAAGUAAAACAGUAUGUGUAAUUGGACCAGCUCCAACUAGAUUAAUAGAUGUGAUAACUGGUGCAUUAAAAUUGUAUUGACGAUUUAUAAAAAUUGAUCUUUUUUUAUUACAUGCUCAAAUUUACAUGUAUUUUUAUGAUCUCAGUAUCAUAUUGUUUGUUUAAAAUCUUCAAAUCUUUUUCAAAUGAUUUCAUUGUAUAUCAUCUUGUAAUGGUAUAUUUAUCAGUCACUUAAAUCAUGUAAGGUUGAUAUGCUACAUAAUAUAGCAUAAAUGUAUAUCUGUGAAAUUAACAUUCUCCCAAAUAAAAAUAUACAUGAACAAAUAUA